AUGGCGAACAAACAGGGAAAGAUGGCCGGUCUCAUCAACUACCGGAUGAGAGUUACAAUGAACGAUGGAAGACAAAUGGUUGGGCAAAUGCUUGCGUUCGACAAGCACAUGAAUCUUGUCCUCGCGGAUACUGAAGAGUUCAGACGCGUCAAGCGCAAGGCACCCAAAUCCUCCACCGCCCCAGGCGCAAGCUCAACCUCCGCACCGCUUGUCGAGUCCGAAGAAAAACGUACAUUAGGUCUCACAAUAGUUCGAGGCGCACAUAUAAUCUCUCUAUCUGUCGAAUCUCCACCUCCAGCAGAUCCAGCAGCGCGGUUAGGAGCUAGUGCGCCAGGUGGUGCUGCAUCUGCUCUUUCCGCAGGUGCUGGUAUCGCAAGACCAGCAGGAAGAGGAGCUGCCAUUGGGCUAGCUGGUCCUGCUGCAGGCGGUCCACCAGGAGGGUUUGGAGGGUUCCCUGGUGCCCCUCCAUUUGGUAGAGGCGGACCACCAGGUUUCCCACCAGGAGGUAUGCCACCAGGAGGAGGAUUCGCUCCCCCAGGUUUCGGAGGUCCCCCACCAGCAUUUGCCCCACCAAGAAGGUGA